UGCCAUGUUCAUCCAUGGAUUCAAGUCGCUAGCUUCCGUACCGCUGUUGUACAACAUAUACUGCCCCUUCAAACGGAUUGAACGCUCAAAGGACCUGCGCUUAUUUCUCGCAGCUGCAGUACUCUACCUCGCAACCAGUUGAAUGCAGUGUGUAUGACACGGGUGUAGAGUACAAUGGCGGAACGACCGUGGCCGUGGCCGCGGCCGAGAGCGAGAGCCGGAACCGAAGCGGGACAUGCCGAGAAUCGGUUGUGGUUUAGUACCGCUGCAAGGUUGUGUGACGGGAGUGGGAGUAUGGGAGAGGGCGAGAAUGAUAGGGGGAGAGUGUGUACGUGUGGGAAUGUACGCUGAGUGUGCGAUGAGAAACAACCGUUCAUUGAUACCUUCUUGUAAAUUGCGUGCAUUUCGUUCAUUCAACCUGAAGAGCCGCACGAUGGAAGCCUGUCUGCACGGGGAAAGGAGGAUGUGGAAGAUGACGUAUCGAAUGAUUACAGAGUCGACGAAAGCCGGCCAAAAGAUCGGUCGGAGAUGGAUGCCUUUGCCUUUACCCAAAUUCCCUUCGCAAAUGCAUCCAGUGUGUAGUCGUCGCAGUCGGGCACUGCUGCCCGGCUGGAUACCUGUUACUUCCCACGUCGUCGGUUCGUUCGCCUCCAGAGAGGCUGCCCCUUGCUACCAUUCCCGCUCUAGCCGGACGCGACACCAGUCCGCAUCUGAGAGCGCACGUAUUCAUUCCAGCCGUUCUGAUCUGCGCCCUCCGCGGCCGCCACUCCUAUGCCGCAUACAUUAGUCCCAAAGUGGGCCUCCGGCGCCACGGCGCAGCAGCUCUCAAUGAGCGUGUUUGUGUUCCCGUUUUCUUUUUUUUUGUUCGCACUGGCUACGCACGCGCCCAGCACGAC